AUGUCGCCAGAUGAAAUAGACCUGGUCCUUUUCAACAGGAACACCUCGAUUCAUUUGGAAGAAGGAAUCAACGUUCUGGAUCAGGUGCUCGGACAUCAGCUGGACCACUGUCAAUCGGAAAUCAAGUGCAUUCAAGAUCUGCCCUCGUUGAUCAAGCAAGAAUACUUGGAAGAUGAAAUAUUCGGCUCUGGGCAGUCGACACCUAUCCAGAGUCCCGCUCGCUCGUCCGGGAACGAAAGCUGCAGUGCUGCUCCACGAAGAGUGAAGGGCCACUACGAUCACUACAAAGAUACCUCUGGGAAGAUCAACCUCGAACUGAUUUCUGAUGAAAUGGAGCGUGCACGAGUGGAAGCAAAACGAGUGAAAAACCGAGAAGCAGCAGCCAAAAGCCGUGCGAAGAAAAAAAAGCAAACCGAGGCGUUAGAAAAGAAAGUGGGAGUUCUUCGAGCGGCGACGAACGAAGUAUCGGAAGAGAUUCACCUGCUGAGGGAGCAAGCAAAUGGCCUACGAGCAAUUCUGAGUGAGCAUGAACGGCUGUGUGGAGCAAGUGGUGGCUACGAAUCAGACUAA